AUGCAUUUUCACACCCUCACAGCUUUCCUGGCCAUCUCCUCGGUCUCCGGCCUAGUUCUCCCCAGGGCCCAAGAUGCGAUCAACACAGAUAUCCCGGAAGCCAUCACGACGACCUGGGUAGGCGUGAAGAACAGCACAGGCGUGUACCCCGGCGCAACGCCCUCAAAGCGAUCAGUCCUCGACCUGAGCCCGCCAGUCAUCGACGAAGACGUAGCGCGCGCCCUCUCCACCAGGCGCGCCGGCCUGAUCCUCGCAGGGCGCAGCGUAAUCACGACCCUGCUGACCUCGUUCGCCUCGGGCGCGGCCGCCGAGGCGGGAAAGCUCGCGGUGGACGCGGCGGCGGAGCAGGUGUGCAACAUCCUCGGCUGGACGGCGGCGCGCGAGGCCUUCACCAAGGCGACGACGCGGGCCAUGUGGGAGCGCAACCCGGACUACGGCGUCUACGUCGCCGCUGUGUGCUACAACCAAGACUACGGGCUGUCGGACCCGGGGGCGAUGCGAGAGCGAGUGCUCAGUGGUGGCGAUAUGAUGGCUAUGGGCGUGCUCGUGACUGGAUGA